CAGGAAGUGAGUGCACCUUUUAAAUGUGUCCGUUCCGAUGCUACAGACGUCAGAUGUUUGCGUACUAGCUGAAACUCCUCAAAAGCUUCAUUUUUAUAACGAAACGGGCGAUUUUAUCUUUAUUUGUUACUGUGUCAGUUAACGUAGAAAAUAGUUUUUUUCCACGUUGAAUUCAGUCAACUGACGUCAUGUCCCAAUGUUAGAGAAGGAGGCUGCGAUGGGAGCGGAGCGGCGGGAGGAGCCGGAGGGGCCGGAGCCGGGGCCGGGCAGCCGGGUGUCCUGCGGCGGGGAACGGGCCACGGUGCGGUACGUUGGCCCGGUGCCGCCGACGUCAGGGCUGUGGUUCGGUGUGGAGUGGGAUAAUCCAGAGCGAGGUAAACACGACGGCAGCCACGAGGGCGUCCAGUAUUUCACAUGCAGACACCCUAACGGAGGCUCCUUCGUGCGCCCGGCGAAGGUGAGCGGCGGCGUGGACUUCGUGAGCGCCGUGCAGCAGGCGUACCGCGUCGACUCUGAGGAGGUGCUGAGUCAGCAAAUCUCCAUCUCCUCCAAGAAGCUGGAGUGGGGCCGAGUGGAGGAGCGCAGCUUGGAGACUCUUCCAUCGGUGCUGCUGAGUCGCUGUGACGUGAACGGACCCGGAGCCGACGGACAAAUCAGGAAAACUACUCCAAACGUGACGUGGUUGGACCUGAGCGGGACGCUGCUGUCCUGCUGGGAGGACGUGGCGGCCAUCACCCAGCAGCUGGACACACUGGAGGGACUCCAGCUCAGUAAUAACCGGCUCUGUUUACCUGCUGAGCCGUCGUCUCAUUGCGCGGCAUUCUGCAAGCUCAGAGUCCUCGCACUCAACAGCUGCCAGCUCACCUGGCCACAGAUCCUGGAGUGCGCCCCCAUGUGGCCGCAGCUGGAGGAUCUGUGUGUGGAAGAAAACGACAUUACAGCGCUGCAGAGGCCUGAUGGAGUGCUGCAGACCCUGAAGAGUCUCAGUUUGUCCUGUAAUCCUUUAGAGCAGCUCAGUUUGCUCAGUCUGGCUGCUCUGCCCAGACUGGAGCAGCUGAACCUGUCGAAGACGGGACUGUCUGACCUUCACUUCGAUGACGCCGCUCCUGGAAGUCAGACGGCGAUGUUCCCGGCACUGAAAGAUCUCAAACUGGAUCACAACAACAUCACUGAGUGGCGUGUGGUGGACGAGCUCGGGAAGCUCCCCAGUUUGCUUCAGUUGUCGUGUCGCAGUAACCGCCUGCUGAGCAGUGAUGGGAACCCCAAGACUGCCAAUCAGAUGCUCAUCGCCAAACUGGGACAACUGGUCGUCCUCAACAACUGUGAGAUCCACCCGGAUGACCGGAGGGGGGCGGAGCUUGACUACAUCAAGAUGUUUGGAGAGGAGUGGCUGAAGGCCGGUGGGCGGAGUCAGGCCAGCGCAGAGUUCACCUGUCAGCACCCUCGUUACCUGAGCCUCAUCCACAAGUACGGCGCUCCAGAAGACGGUGAGCUGAGGAAGCCGGAGCCGUUCGCCCUGAAGAAUCAGCUGUUGAAAAUAAAGUUUGUGUUUCCUGACGACGUCGACCGGAAGCCGAUCGAGAAGAAACUUCCAGCCUCCAUGGUCGUUCAGAAGGUGAAGGGACUCCUGUACAGACUGCUGAAGGUUCCUGCUGCAGACCUGAAGCUCACCUACACCAGCCCCAAGAUGUUAGGGACAGAGUUUGAGAUCGACAGCGACCUGAAGACUCUACAGUUUUACUCCAUUGAGGACGGAGACCAGGUGUUGGUCCGCUGGUCCUGACCCAUCCGGCUCAGGAGGACCCACCCGGCGGCUCACGGCAGAGACGAGAACGAAGCUUUCCUGGACUGAACUGAACUUCAGACAGUGGACUUUUGACUUCUUAAUGACGCCCAUAAACUGGAUCCUUUGGGCCACAAAUGAAACGGGUCACACGGAGCGAAUCUUCCACAAAACGCAUGGCUCAGCACUGACAAAUUCAUGCCUUAAAAUAAAGAAAUAAACAUGGACCAAACCUUUCACACUUAAUUUGUGAAUUCUUAACUCUUUGUAUCAGUUUGAAUGUAUUCAAAGUUAGUGUUUUCUGUUUUGUUCUCUUUGGCGCCACCACUGGCAAUAAGCAGUAAUACAGGCGUGUUUCUGGAUCUCACUUCCAUCAUCUGUAGGAAUGGCUCUUUUCUUUGUUUGUUCAGCAAUAGUUACACUUUCUGGAUAAAAGACAGAACACACAACACAGUGUGGCCAAAGUGAUUAAAAUAU